AUGCCUCUUCGAGUAGCAGUCAUUGGCCCCAAGGGCCAGUGCGGUUCAUGCGUGGUAGAGGAGCUUCUCUCCAGAGGCCACACCGUGGUUGGCAUUUCACGUAAGCCCCCGGCUCAGUGGCGUGACAAGAAUCAGCGAUACUCGGGCCUUGCGGUGGACAUCUAUGAUCAUCAGGCCCUUGUUGACGCCAUGUCGGGUAACUUUGAUGGCAUUGUCUCUGCCUUCGCCCCCCCUCUUAACGACCUCAACACGGUUUAUCACGGUGUUGUCGAGGGCCAAAUGAGGAUCAAGAACGCUCUUCUCGACUCUACCCACUCCGGGCCUUUUAUCAUUGUUGGAGGUGCAGGGUCUCUAUUCAAUGAGGACGGCGUCCAACUGGUAGACGAGAAAGACUUUCCUUUCCAACACUGCACAGUGCUCUCAAAGCCGCUCAAGCCCAUCGCAUGGCUGAUUCUAAGCAGACUCAAGCCAUUGUUCCUCAGCGGACCAGGUAAAAGCCUCAUUGAAGGGUGCCGUACCGCCCUCUCUUUCUACACAGGAGUCAGCGAGAAGCCGUGGAGCUUCCUCUCACCUCCUUGGCUGCUUCGUGACCAAGGAGUGCGAACAGGACAGUAUUCUCUAACCCUGGAUAAGAUACCGAUCGACGACAAAGGCAAUGCUCUAGGAAUAUAUAACGAGGACAUGGCGGUUGCGAUCGUUGAUGAGGUCGAGAACAACAAGCUGAAUCACAAGCAUUGGUCCUGCUCUGGUCCGAUUGGUCUUGGAAAAUGGUAA